AAUUGAUAAAUCAAAGAGUCAUUUUUUAAAAUUGAAAAAAUAUACAACUAUCUUCCAAUCAUGCUAGGAGUCAUAAGCAACGAGACAAAACACAGCAGAUUAGCUUGGCACACAGUCAUCAUUCCCACUCAAGUCCACAACAACAAUCAACAUCACCACAGCCUCAGACCCCGGUGGCGGGGUCCGGAUCAACAGCCGGGGGACCUGGAAAUAAUCCAGGUGUAACAUCAAGAGCCGGUGGUAUGUUUUGUUAUCAUUGUCCACCAGGUCUCCCGGCACCAAGAUUACCACCAACACUUGAAUAUUCAUUUGCUCCAACUCAUCCUUUUUCAUUAUUUUUUUCAGACACAAGUUAUUCAGCUUAUCAUCCAGCACUUCAUGGUGUUGGUGAAGAUUCAUUUGUACGACGUAAACAAAGAAGAAAUCGUACAACAUUUACAUUACAACAAUUGGAAGAAUUAGAAUCAGCAUUUGCACAAACUCAUUAUCCUGAUGUAUUUACUCGUGAAGAUCUUGCUAUGAAAAUUAAUUUAACUGAAGCCAGAGUACAAGUAUGGUUUCAAAAUCGUCGAGCAAAAUGGCGGAAAAGUGAACGAUUGAAGGAGGAACAACGUAAACGUGAGGGUGGAAGUUUACAAACAAGUAGUAGUAGUGGUGGUGGUGGUGGUAUUGGUGGUAACGGAGCAACGACUAUUGAGGGUGGAUUGCCGCCAUCUUCUUCAAGUGGACCAAGCCCAACAAAUCAUCAUGAUCAAAUUGAUAAUGUUAGUGGUGAGGGUGAAGAUAAUGGUCAAGAUGGUGGUGUAUGUUCACGUAGUCCAAGUACAACAUCAGCAUCAGUUAGUCCAAGACCACAACAAUCACAAAGUCAAGCAACAUCAUUAAGUGGUGUUGCAACACCACCAACACCAACAACACCAGUUAGAUUAUCAUUACCAUCAAGUAGUCAUGGUCAAUCAACAGACAGUACAACAAUAACAUCAGCUGGAUUUAGGCCAGUUGAAACACCAACAUCAUUAUUUUUUUCACCUCAUUUAGCUGCUCAAUUUUCACCACCAAUGUUUGGUAAUAAAAUUGUUGGUACAACAUCAACAUCAUUAACAUCAACAACACCAAAUAUAUGGACAACAAGUGAUCAUAGACCAGGUAGUUUACAAGAUAUGUUAUCAUGGUCACCAGCUGGAUGGCCAAGUACAUUAUGUGGUUGUUGUAAACCAGGAACAAAUGAUUUACAUAGAAGUAGUAGUCUUGCUGAAUUGAGACGUAAAGCACAAGAACAUUCAACAGCAACAGCAUUACUUGGUGGUCUUGCUGGUUUUCCUGGUGGUUUACCAUUGCCUUUAUCAUUACCACUAUUACCACCACUUCUUGGAUUAUCAAGAAGACCAGAACAUCAUCAUCAUCAUCAUCAUUUACCAAGUGUCGUUCAUCAAAUACAACCUAGUACUAAAGAAAAUCCUUAAAAAUAUAUUAUUUUUAAAAUUAAUUCAAGUUCUGCAAUAUAUUCAUAUAGACCACACACACACACAUAAUUUUUAAUCAAAAAUUAAAUUGUAUUCUUUACAAUAAUAAAUAAAGAUAUUGUAUAAAUCAGGACCAAGUUUUUCAAUGUGCCUGGUCAUUGAUUUUUUUUUUAAAAAUAAGAAAAAGGUAUUUUCUUGAAAAUUUUAUUUAAAUUAUAUAUAAAAAUUAAUGAAAUUAAAAUGUUAAUUUAAAAAUAUAAUAUUAAUAAUAAUUAAUAAUAAUAAUAGAUUUUCAUAGUGAAUAUUUUGUUUUUUAAUUUUAAAUUUGUUUAAAAAAUUACCAAUGAUUAUAAUCAACAGCCAAAUAAUAUUUACCAAAGAAUUUUAAAGGAAAAAAAAAAUUUAGAUAUUUUAGCAAUGAUUUAAAAGCAAAGUUAUAUUUAAAAUGAAAAUAAAUUUGUAUGAUAAUUUUGCCCAUUAUAAAUGUCAGUAUAAUUGACAAACAAUGUAAUAAAAAAAAGUAAAUAAAUAAUUAAAAAAAUAAAAUAAAAUAAACAAUUACAUAAAAUUGAUAAUAAUGUAUAAUAAUAUUUAGAAUAAUGAAUUAAUAAUUUAGAUAAUAAUUGUAGAAUAUAUUACACACAGUAGCCAUAACAAAAAAAAAAAAAAAAUAAA